AUGGGCAAAGGGAGGAUCAGACGCCUCUACAAGACCGCUCGAGUCCGGGACUUCGAGCAUGAGACCGAUCGGGCGGUCCGCGCUCAGCAAAUCUACCAAACCAUUGAUAGGCAGCCUUUCCAGUGGCUGGUAGUAAUAGUGGCCGGAAUCGGCUUCUUCCUCGAUGGAUACACCUUAUUCGCCUCGAACAUAGCACUACCCAUGCUUGCGUUUGUCUACUGGCCCGAAGAGGUCUCAAGCAUACGGCUUACGCACAUCAACCUUGCGACCUUGACAGGAACCAUGUUCGGUCAGCUCUUGUUUGGAAUUCUGGCCGAUAAGCUGGGACGGAAGAAGAUGUACGGUAUCGAAUUGCUGCUGUUGAUCAGCUCAAGUCUUGGUGUGGUCAUGGCGUCCGAGGGAGCAGACAACAGCAUGAGCGUCUUUGUCUGGCUCAUCUUUUGGCGAACCAUGGUCGGAAUCGGGGUGGGAGCUGACUAUCCACUGUCUGCUGUCAUAACUGCAGAAUUUUCGCCUACAAAACACCGACCUCGAAUGAUGGCAUCCGUCUUCGCAAUGCAGCCUAUCGGGCAGAUAGCAGGGAAUCUAGUGGCCUUGAUUAUCGUCGCCGCAUAUAAGAACCAAAGCGGCGAGCACCUCGUCCGUACUGUCGAUACCAUGUGGCGAUGGGUCAUUGGCCUCGGCGUCAUCCCCGGAGUCCUCGCACUGGCCUUUCGAUUUGCCAUUCCCGAGACACCACGCUAUCUGCUCGAUAUCGAAGACGAUCCGAUCAAGGCUGAAUUUGAUGCCACACCGCUCUUUGGCGACAUGAGCACGGACGGAAGCAUGAGUGUCGCUACAGAAUCGGCGACGGAACUUGAAGAUGGUUCCGGCCCGAGUGGUAUGCCAAACAGCUCCGGAAGGGCGGUCUCACUCGAAGAAAUUGUUCUACCUGCGCCGGCAAUGCCUGCAGGACGACCAUCCGGAGCCACAGAUGACAGUGAAGCAUCUUGGACAAUAUCUACCCAAGCACCCCCCGUCACACUCAACUCGCCCUGGCAGCUGUCGAGCAAAGACAUCAAGCAGUACUUUUGGAUCGAGGGCAACUGGAGAACACUAUUUGCCACCUCCAUGACAUGGCUGCUUCUCGAUUUUGCCUUCUAUGGGAUAGGUCUUUCGUCGCCUCAAUUCCUUGCCAAAACGUAUGGCACCAUCAAUGUCCCCGACGGCCGUGCACCUCCCUGGCAGACGAACGUUGACCCGAGCGUCUCCAUUUACGACACCCUCAUGGACACCUCACUCCAGGCCCUCAUUAUUCUUAACAUUGGCUCGUUCCUUGGUCAAUGCCUAAUGAUCUUCUUCGCCAACCGUAUCAACCGCACCACUCUCCAACUCUGGGGUUUCAUCAUCCUCGCUGGCGUGUUUGUGGCGCUUGGCACCAUCUUCAUCACCCUCCACCGCAGUGGCGGUUGGCUGAUCAUUGCCAUGUACAUCAUUGCGCAAACCGCGUUCAACUUCGGGCCGAACUCGACGACAUACAUCAUAUCGGGCGAGGCGUUCCCAACCAGGUACAGAGCCUCUUGCCACGGCAUCAGUGCCGCAGCAGGGAAGUUGGGGUCGAUUCUCGUGCAGCUCUUCUCCGCCUACUACCAUUUCGGGUCGACGCAGACCGAUGAUGCAUCCACGCGGAGGUACGGCACAAUCAUCAUUGUGUUUGCCGCUGUCAUGUUGGUAGGAGCGUUCAUUACCUGGCUUUGGAUCCCAGACAUGCAACACCCACGUGAAAAGGGCAGCGGCUUGCGUGCUGUGGGCAAGAAUAAGACGCUCGAGGAGCUCGCACUGGGCAGAUGGGGGCUCAAGAGUGAAAGUGUUAUCAGGGCACGGCGGCGGCAGAUAUAA